AAGUUUGAACAUGGCGGAUAAAGAGAAGAAGAAGAAAGAGAGUAUAUUUGACUUGUCAAAGUACAUCGACAAAACCAUCAGAGUUAAAUUCCAAGGUGGACGUGAAGCGAGUGGCGUCCUGAAAGGGUUCGAUCCUCUGCUGAACCUGGUGCUAGACGGUACAAUUGAGUACAUGCGUGACCCAGAUGAUCAGUAUAAACUGACUGAGGACACCAGGCAGCUCGGCCUUGUCGUGUGUCGAGGGACGGCUGUUGUCCUCAUCUGUCCUCAAGACGGCAUGGAGGCCAUCCCCAACCCCUUCGUACAGCAGCAGGACGGCUAACGCACUCACCCCCUCUGUCUCUAACACACACAUACGGAGGGAUUAUGUCUGUUUUCUACAAGAAGUUUCGGUUGAGCAAAUGUUUGUGUUGCGUCCAAAUUUGUGGAUGUCGGAUGCCAUCAGGUGUAACGUGGUUUUUUUCCCCCCUGGUUGUAACUUUGCUCAGGAGAUCUUUUUAGUUUGUUUUCUAGAUAUGGGUUUGAAUUAAACUGUAUGGAGUCACGUGAUCUCGUUAUGUAUGACUGCACAUUGUGCUAACUUUAUUUUUACUCAUUAUUUUAAUAUUAUAAUUAAAUUGGACGUUCGUAA